AUGCCGUCCUCGCCUUGGGAACUUCACUCCUGCCUCUUCUGGCUCAUCGCGCCUUCAUCGCCGCCCCAGCACCCGGAGCGGCUUCCCGUCACUGACCGCUGCGCCCCAACCCACAAGGCAUACGACCUCCUGGCAGCUAACCGCACCCUAGUCGCGACGUACGAGACCCAGAUACGUCGCGUGGCUCUCCUUCCAAGCAGGCGUUUCCCCUGGGCCUUUGUGGUGGCGGACGUGGAAGAUGCAAUCCGGGAGAUAGAUUUUCUCACUGCUCACGACCUCCUGGUGGAUCCACGCCGCAGAUGCCUCCUUCACCAGGCCUUGACCACCAUUAUCCAUGCGGAGCCCUGUGCACAGCUGACGCCACUCCUCACCAUCCUCUGCCAGGUAAUGCAGUUCGAGGCUCUCCUCCAGGAGUUUCCCCUCCUUAUUUUCCCACAGUCCGCCCCGUCGCGGGUUCAGCACGGAGUACAACAAUCCAUUAUCACGGCUGGUCCUCCUUGCUUCGCUCAACCCCGGCGGUUGUCCCCGGAAUGCUUUCGCGCUGCGCGCAAAGAGUUAGAACACAUGCUGGAGGAAGACACUGUGCAGCCGUCUAACAGCAACUGGGCGUCGCCACUACACAUGGUGUCCAAGGCCCAGGAUAGAGAAUGGCGGGCGUAA